AUGUGUCAACAACUCCAAAUGUCUUGCAAUAAUUUUGUUACCAUCGACCCCAAGAAGUCUGCUGGCGAGCAUCAAAACGCGCUUGUCGGGGGCCAAUUCAAUGCUGAACAAAGUUCACCGAUCUACCGAGGUCGUAGAACUACCGUUAUUAAUGGGAUCGAAUUUUCACCGGAUGGGCGGUGGGUCACUUCUGGGACUAGGAAAGUGACAGCGCGGAAAGCCAGGCUUGCGAAGCCGUAUGGAGAGCAGGGUUGGAAUACAAAUGAAGCCUUUUGCUCAGAUUGCAUUAGCAAGUCCCAUUAUCCGUCAAGGCACGCAGAAGCUCGGUUGGACCUCCUCCGAGAGCGUGCUGGACUUGGGAAAGGAAAGGGAAAGAAGAAAGAGAAUGAUAUGAAGGCUAUAGAGGAUGCUAAGGCCUCCAUCAUUGCCAGGGAUUCGAAUCAAGGUCAUAUCAAUCUAUUCGAGGAUUUAGAACAGCAAGAAAUGAUUACUUCAAUACGAGCGACGAAGAAGACCGCACAGCUGGAGACUGAGAAGGUUGUUAAGGACCUCAACCCAUGGUACAGCGAGCGCGAUAAGGGAAAGGAAUACCCGCAGGAUGAGAAGAGCGAACACUUAAGAUUGCGGGAUCUUGCUUCAAAGACUAUGAAUGACCCUCUCACAGCCAUCACACAUAAGCUUGCAUCGAGCUCUUCGUUGAAUAAUUAUUCCCCUGUCUCUCGGCCGUCUGGCAUCCAAAUAUUGCACCCCACCUGGUUCAAAUGA